UAGUUCUAAACAUCCCAAUUCAUAGCCCACUCAACACCACCCAUCCUCAAACAGAAAAAUAGUAAUGGCAACCUCUCAAAUCCAGCAGUCAGCAUUUGCCGGCCAGACCGCAUUGAAGCAAUCAAAUGAGCUCAUCCAAAAGAUUGGAGGCCUUGGUGGUGGCCGUAUCACGAUGAGGCGCACUGUUAAGAGUGCCCCCGAAAGCAUAUGGUAUGGCCCUGACCGUCCAAAAUACUUGGGACCAUUCUCCGAGCAAACUCCAUCCUACUUGACUGGUGAAUUCCCAGGCGACUACGGAUGGGACACUGCUGGACUAUCUGCAGACCCCGAGACCUUUGCCAAAAACCGUGAGCUUGAGGUGAUCCACAGCCGAUGGGCAAUGCUUGGUGCAUUGGGCUGCGUCUUCCCAGAAGUCUUGUCCAAGAAUGGUGUCAAGUUCGGUGAGGCUGUUUGGUUCAAGGCCGGGUCCCAAAUCUUUUCAGAGGGCGGCCUUGACUAUCUUGGCAACCCAAACCUUGUCCAUGCCCAGAGCAUUUUAGCAAUCUGGGCUGUCCAAGUUGUCCUCAUGGGAUUUGUUGAGGGAUACAGAGUCGGUGGAGGACCACUUGGCGAAGGUCUGGAUCCACUUUACCCUGGAGGAUCAUUUGACCCACUUGGACUUGCUGAUGAUCCUGAAGCCUUUGCUGAACUGAAGGUGAAGGAACUCAAAAAUGGGCGGCUGGCAAUGACCUCAAUGUUUGGAUUCUUUGUUCAGGCUAUUGUCACUGGAAAGGGUCCUGUUGAGAACCUCUAUGACCAUGUUGCUGAUCCAGUGGCUAACAAUGCAUGGGCUUAUGCCACAAACUUCGUCCCUGGAAAGUGAACAAGCUUAAGUCGAUGCUUUUGAUCUGUAAAACUACCCAAACUUCUUGAUGUUGUUGUGGUUGUUUCUCUGGGACCCCAUUAGUUCUGAUGUAAAAUCUAUUUUCCAAAACAAGUUCUGAUGUAAUUUCUUAGUAGAAACUGCUUGUAUCAGAAUCACUUUAUCCAGUAAAAAUACCAAGCUCAUUUGUGGUUGAA